CUUUAUUUAUAGAAUGUCUACGCCAAAAAUACUCAAGGAAAUAAAACUAAAGAUGCUUUUACUUACAAAACCUUGCGAUAUAUUGGUAAUUAAAUAAAUAUCCCUUUAUUAACUACUAGCCUGAACAAAAUAUACUGAGAUGUCUUCCGAUAAUUACUCCGGGAUAACCGAUGUUCAUGUCAGUGCAAUGUCACGAACCUUUAUAUUGAUCACAAUCCUAGCAUUUGUAACAUAAUAAAAACGUCUAUUAGUAAACAUAGGCUUCCUCACCACAGUAAUCAUUGUAAAUACAAGGUCUCCUGUACUUCCGUCUAAAAGAUAGCAAUCGACCGAUAUGUUGUUACAUCCUAAUAAUUAUUUAACUUUUUCAUUUCAGAUCGGACAGAUUCAAUCAUCUAAGAAAUAAUGGAAACAAUACAAUCACUUGGAUAUAAUGUAACAAUGAAUGGUUCUAAAUCUGUUUCAAAUGAAUCAAAUCCAGAAAGUGCAUUGAUAAAAUUGAACGAUAAAAUGGCGUUGCGGUAUCUUCCUGUUAUAAUCUAUAUAUUUUUAUUAAUGGUCACAGGAAUUGUAGGAAAUACAUUGGUAUGUUUUGUUUACGUCAAUAACAAAAAGAAAACAUCCGCUAGUUAUUUUAUUUUAACAUUGGCUUUACUUGACCUUUUUAACUGUGUCAUUGGUAUGCCUAGUGAAAUAGUAGAUUUGAGGUACCCAUACAUGUUUUAUUCUCUUGUUGCUUGCAAAGUUUUACGAACAAUUGAAUAUAUAUCAACAGUCGGAUCAACUGUAGUUCUUUUAGCUGUAGCAGUGGAUCGUCAUAAUCGAAUAUGCAACUUAGGAAAACACAUGUCGAGUGAAAAGGCUAAGAAAGUUUGUCUUGCUGCUGUUAUCAUCGGAGUUGUGACGUCAUGGCCUGUGCCUAUUCUUGGAGGACUUAGUACAGUCAAUGUCAAUAUUUAUGGUGCUAAUGCUGUUGACUGUUCCAUCGAACAGUCAAUGAGAAAGACGAUAUAUCCACCACUAUUCAAUGGGCUGUUGUGUAUUUAUUUUAUAUUUUGUAUUGUAUUUUUUGGGAUUGUAUAUUCUAGAAUUAUUGUGUUCGUAAAGAAAAGAAAAGCGAUAGCACGACAAAUGAGUUCGUCACUGAGACGCGAGGAAACAAACAAUGACAAAGGUCACGAACCUAAAGUAAAUCUUCUGAAUGAACACAAUCCAGCAACUCAUACUAACUCAGAAAGAUCAAAUGCGAGCAAUGGCAGUGUCAGUCGUAAAAAUAAAAAUAAACACAGGAUUAAAGUGACUCGAACUACAGUUAUACUUGGUGCAGUUACAUUGGCUUUUAUUAUUGGUUAUCUCCCUUAUUUAAUGAUAAUGGCGGUAAGAACUCUUGUCACAGACUUUGAAGAAAAUUUAAAUGCUGCAGAGGAUAUCGGUAUUAAAUUUUGUGUGAAAUCGUAUCUUAUAAACAAUGCCAUAAAUCCAAUUAUAUAUUGUUUCUUAAAUCAGAAAUUUAGAGAUGAUGUUAAAAAGUUAAUUAAGAAUUGUUGUUAAUUAAAUUGGAUUGUGUUGUAAUUUUGUGGGUUGUCAAGGAUUGAAGUAAUAUUUAACCAUCGGUUAUAUUCUGAACAGACAAUGUGUCAGGUUUAUGUUGUAAGAUAUUUUAUAAAAGCUUAUUAAAGUCGGUGAUAAAUAGCUAAAAACAACUGUUUGGCUGUGUAAUUCUAAUUUAUUGAUUGAAUGAAAAAGGAAGGUAUGGUUAAGACACUACUUUGGGCAUUCAAGAAUAAUACGCGUAUCAAAAUUAUAUCAUUUAACGUCCUUCAGAUAAUAUAAAAAUAAAGAGGUAUGAUUCCCAAUUAGACAACUAUCCACCAAAGUUCAAAUAAAGUGGAUGUAAGCAAAUAUAGGCAACCGUACACAUGAUAUAAGUCUUGUCACAUAUCAGUAAAGAUAUUUUUAUUCUGUAUUAUAUAUUUACUUUAUUGCUUCAAUUUUCUUGCAUGUAAUACGCAACGGAAAAAAAUAGUCUCAUUUUGAGAUUUUGUCAUCAAUAUUUAGUACCACAGCCUUACGCAGGAAGAUGUUUGACUGCAAUAUGUCUCAUACAAGAAUGUUAAUGUCAAUAAAAUAUCUGUUUGGGGUAAAUGCGUGUCCCAUAUUUAAUAUUGCCAAACACAAAUAUUGCCAUUGUAUGUUAAUUCCGACGUAUUUAUGACAUCACAGUGAAAAAAAAACAUUUUCGAUUUCAGACGCAGGAUUAUGGCACUUUUCAUAUCCCCUUUCAAAAUAUUUAAACAACCGCUACUGAUGCACUGUACCACUGAUAUUCAAAUUAAAAUAAACUGAUUCUAGUGUCCUU